AUGGCUCCCGUCAAUCUCAUCUGGGGUGGAGGCUCCAUCAUGGACGAAGAGUCCUAUCCCACCCUAGAAUCCAUCAAUGCAGCUCUAGAUAUCCUGGAAGCCAAUGGUGUCAAGACUAUCGACACAGCAAGAAUCUAUAUGAAUUCCGAGGAGCUUCUAGGUCAGGUCAAUGCCAGCUCCCGGUUUGCCAUUGAUACGAAACACCCGGGCGGGUUCGCUCCCGAAGCAAAUUCCCAAGAAUUGAUCGGUUCAAUCGCAAACCAGAGUUUGAAUUAUCUCCAAACAGACCAGGUGGAUGUCUACUAUAUUCACGCACCCGAUCGUCGCUUUCCCCUAGAGGAGCUUCUGGCCGGUGUAAACGCCCUCUACAAAGCCGGAAAGUUCAAGCGCUUCGGUCUUUCGAAUUACCUAGCCACAGAGGUUGACGAAGUUGUCCGCGUUUGUCGUGAGAAGGGAUACGUCCUGCCCAGUGUGUACCAAGGAAACUACUCCGCCGUCGCGCGUCGCGCGGAGACAGAGCUACUCCCAACACUGCGCAAGCACAAUAUCUCCUUCAAUGCAUACUCUCCUAUUGCAGGUGGAUUCUUGACUAAGGACGUCGAGGUGUUGGUUUCUGGUGGUGAGGGUCGAUGGGAUCCGAAGACAAGUAUUGGUGGGAUUUACCAUACGCUCUAUAAUAAGAAGAACAUGCUCGAGGGGUUGAAGCUUUGGGGUAAGAUCUCUAAGGAGUCUGGUAUUCCCAAGGUUGAGCUAGCGUAUCGGUGGGUGGCGCAUAACUCGGCGCUAAGCCGGGAGUCUGGGGAUGGGGUUAUCUUUGGUACGCGCACUAUUGAGCAGCUGAUUCAGACCCUUGCAGCGUUUGCGAAGGGUCCUCUUGAUUCUGCGAUUGCGGCGCAAAUUGAGCAGGUUUGGAAGAUUGUCGAGGAUGAUGCGCCUUUGGAUAACUUUAAUGGUUACCUUAGUCACAAAGCCAUUCCCAUAUAUCCUCUGCAAGGCGAGAAUGAGAAUGACCAGAUUCGCAGGGAGAUUGAUCUUGUUGUCAGAAUAAGAGUGCAAGAGCUGGCUCGAACCUCAAAGCUCUCACGACACAUACAGCAGCGGCUGGAGCAACAGCUUCUUCAAAUGGAACAUCGAACCUAUCUUUGGCUAUAUCUAGCCAUUAUUGACAUGCGAGAUACAUUUCGAGAUAGCCUUCGGCCGGCUGAAGAGUUUAUUCGACUGAUUCCCCCCACUGUUUCUGCGGCAUAUGAGAAGAUUCUUGCAGCUGUUCCACCUCAACAGACAGAUACGGUUGGCAAAAUUCUGAAAAUCAUUGUCGGCGCUCGUCGUCCAUUAAGUAUUGAAGAAAUGGCUAUGGCGCUGGGUGUGGCUGUCUCGCCAAAUUGCCAAUUGGCAAGAGAUGCUGGUCUAGAUCCAAUGGGCUUGGAUUCAAAGAUACGCCGACUGUGUGGGCUUUUUGUCUUCAUCCAAAACUCGAGGAUCUGCCUUAUUCACCAGACAGCUAAAGAGUUUCUGAUUAAAAAUGACAUUGCUAGCAAUGUUCAUUCCAUAUACUCCUUCCACCUAAAAGAUGCCCACAACCAACUAUCGCAAAUCUGUCUCAGAUACUUGUUGAUGAAAGACUUGGAGGACGAUGAGUUUGCCUCCAAAUUUGAUGUCCAAAACCUACUAAGCUAUUCCGCUGAGCACUGGGCUUACCAUAUACGAAAUACUUCACCGUUUAAGGAUGAGGAAGUCAAUAAGAUGUUAGAUUGUCUUUAUGACACAUCUAUUAAAAGGUUCAUAUUUUGGUUUCCGAUGUUUUGGAAGAGUGUGAUGCAUCGUCAUGAAAAGCCCAAUCUAGAUGCUAUUCACCUAGCAGCUUUCAAUGGACAUGAACAAGUUGUCCGACGUUUGAUUUCGCUUAACGAAGGGAACACCACGAUUGCCGAUAGCACAGGAUCCAGUGGAUUAAUUUGGGCUUCACGGAACGGACAUGUUGAUGUGGUUGAACUGCUAUUAAAGAAAGGGAGCAACGUCAACGCCCCGGGGGGUUCUUUUGGAAGUGCCUUGUAUGCUGCUUCUUUAAAGGGGCACGGAAACGUUGUGCGGAUGCUACUGGAUUGGGGUGCAGAUGUCAACGCCCUGUGUACAGGGUACAGCAAUGCAAAACAGACAGCCUCUCGGGAAAGCUACGAGGAGUUUGCGCAGAUCCUCCUUCAAGGUCAAACAUACGGAGAAAGGCUACACGUUUCGUCAGCGGCCCACGACAACAUCAUUCAGGUCCAGCUUCCUGGUAGAGAGAACAGCCAUGCUCUGUAUGCUGCUUCCUCAAAAGGACAUGGAAAUAUUGUACAAAUGCUUUUGCAGCAAGGCGCAAACGUCAAUGCUCGUGGUGGCUUGUGUGGUAACGCUCUACAAGUAGCUUGUGCAGAAGGUCAUAGCGAGGUAGUACCGAUACUCCUGAAAUGGGGAAGCAAUGCUUAUUCUCCAGAUGAAAUAUUUGGCAAUCCUCUAUACGUUGCCGCUACAAAAGGAUACGUUCAGAUAGUAAAGCAGCUAAUGGACUGGAGAGCUCACAUUUACCUUACUGGUGGAGGGUGUCGGGUUGCUCUACUGGCUGCUUGUGCUAAAGGAUAUAACAAGAUUGUGAAAAUUUUGCUACAGCACGGAGCCGAUGUCAAUGCCCAGGGUGGACACUACGGGAAUGCGCUACAGGCUGCCUGUUCCGGAGGACACGCACAGGUUGUGCAAGUGCUGCUGGAGCACGGGGUCGAUUUCAGUACUCAGGGUGAUGGUAAUGCGUUGCAGGCUGCCUGUUCUGGAGGACACGCACAGGUUGUGCAAGUGCUGCUGGAGCACGGGGUCGAUGUCAAUGCCCAGGGUGGAUACUACGGCAAUGCCCUACAGGCCGCCUAUUCUAAAGGACACAACAAGAUUGUGCAGGUGUUGUUAGAGCUGGGAGCCGUAUUCAAUACUCAAGAUGGGGGCUACGGCAAUACCUUGGUCGCUGCUUGUUCUGAAGGUCACACGGUUGCGGACAACAACGGAUGGACACCAGUGGAUGUAGCGUCAUCAAAUGGCUAUCUUGAGGUGGCUAAGUCAAUUGAUCCAAGGUCCGGUGGAGACGAAUUCCUGCUGAGUCGUAACGACGUCUAUGUUCAGCGAGAAAGGAACGAGAAAACCGAGGACAUUUUCCACUGGUCUGUCUCUGUGAGCGUAGCUAACAGUGAUGCUGGUACAGACACUGUUAGUUCACCGCGUCCACACCCACAACGUGUUUCCAGGAAAAGGAAACUUUGA